AGCAAUGUUUCUGGAGAAAAUUAACCACAUUACGGGUGAACGGGAGUGGGAGGUGGCUGAAGAAAACCAUGAUUUGGCACAGGAGAUAGCAGCCAGUAGAUUCGCGGACAUGAUCUUGGAUUAUAAUCGCAACGAAAUGUUUUUGGCCGGCCUUCGAUCAGUAAUUCAAGAAAAGAAGUCGCAGUCACUUUCUGCCCAUGUUCUUGACAUAGGCACUGGAACGGGUCUCCUUUCACUGAUGGCUGCGCGAGAAGGAGCUGACAAAGUUACGGCUUUGGAAGUUUUUCAGCCAAUGGCUGAAUGUGCACGAUCUAUCAUACAGUCUAGUCGGUGGAAGGAUAAGAUUGAUGUGAUAUCAACGAGAUCCACAGAACUCACAUUCCUAACAGCUAAGCCUAAUAUCAUAGUAGCAGAAGUUUUCGACACUGAGUUGAUUGGAGAGGGGGCACUGCGGACAUUCAAGGAGGCCCUGCAAAAUCUCGUUCAGGAAGGUACUCGAGUUGUCCCCUCUCGUGGUAGAGUGUGGGUGGUUCCUGUUGAGAGCGAAUUUCUGACAAAAUUCAAUCGCAUACCGUGUCUUCAUGAGGGUGAUCAACCUUUGGGAGAAUGCCCAGGAACUGCGGCUGUAUACGAUGUGCAGCUUUCGCAGGUCGCUCCAGCAAACUUUACCCGACUCGCAGAACCUACUUUAGCAUUCUCGUUCAACUUUGAAUCUGCGGAAUCAAUCAUUUAUGACGAGUCUUUUGACAGAGCUCUAACUUGUACAGAGAGUGGUCGAAUAGAUGCAAUACUUAUGUGGUGGGAUCUGGACAUGGAUGGAACUGGCAAAUAUUGGAUUGAUAUGGCUCCAAAGUGGGCAAGUGACGCUUACUAUUGGCGAGAUCACUGGAUGCAAGCUGUCUACUAUCUUCCUCAUCGUGUACAUGUGAAGAAGGAUGAGGAAAUCAUCUUGAAAUGUAGUCAUGACGAGUUCAGCAUGUGGUUCUGCGUAGGAGAGGAUUCAUAUGAAAGGGUCUACUGUAACUGCCAAUUGCAUACAAUAGCAACUAGGCAAACAAUAUUCGCAAUGAACGAACUACUUGAAAACGAGUCAUAUCGCAAGGAAAUCGAGUUUAUUUGUAAAGAUCGCAAAGUUAUCGUACUUGGUGAGGGCUCUUUUCUUUUCCUGCUUGUAGCUCCAGUUGCGACAUCAGUGACAAUUGUUGACUCGAACUCCCAUUUCCGUGAUAUCAUGAAGAGAUAUAUCUCGUACUACAGCUUUACAAAUGUAACCAUUGUGGAAAAGACGGCUGAGGUUUCUGGUCAACACGAUGUGAUUACUGCUGAACCUUUUUACCUAUCUGCCAUGACCCCUUGGCAAAAUCUUCGUUUCUGGUACGACGUUCAGUCCUUGCGAAAAUCUCUAGGAAGUGAUAUCAAAGUGUAUCCGCAGAAAGCCAUUUUAUAUGGCUUGUGUGAGAGGUUCGAUCACCUCCAAAAUACAGCUGCCCCAGUUGGAAUAGUUAACGGUUUCGAUCUCUCUUUGUUUGAUGAUUUGUCUCAAAAAGCACGAAAAGCUACGACUCCACUAGUGGACAAUCAUCCGCUGUGGGAGUACAGUGGCGUGGCCACAAGCGAAAAGUUCGAGUUGCUGCAAUUUGAUCUGGAUCAAGAUCCACAUGACGUCCAUAUGAGCAUGGAAGUCCAGCUACCUCACAAUACUAACGGAAUCCCUCUUUGGAUGGAAUGGCACAUGGGAAACUAUAUCAGAACUACUGGGUUACUGCAGCACACGGAUGGCAGAAGAAAGGAUAGCUUCUUAUCAAGUAAGCAGAUUCUGCAUUUUUUCCCAUCACUAUUGUUUCUCUCCCACGUUGGUGAAAAAUCAUCAUGUAUUCUGUGUGAUCACUGUUUGAGAGAUUCAAAAAUUAACUUUUGCUGCAAGAAAAGACAAUUCUGA